UUGUAUAUACCCCACUAAUUUUGCAUUGUUCAUAGCACAGGUUGCAUAAAUGUGAUUUUGUUAACCGAUUGAUUAUGAUUUUAAUUCUGACAUUGGAUUUGUACUUAAGCUACAAACAUGACAGACACACAAGAAAAURCUUCAAUAUCUAGAGUGAUGAGGUGGAUCAAGAAGUAUUUCUGGGAAGGUCAAUCACUCAGUAAAAGACAUGARGAAGAAACCAAAAGAAUAGGAGACAAUGCCCCGUGGCACCGUAUUGUCAUGGUGAAGUAUCGCCGUGUUGUGGCAAUGAUUAUACCUGCACUAUUCUUCCAUUUCUGGUGGUGGGGAAUUUUCAUUAAGUACAAUCUAUGGCAUUUAUUUAAAGAGAAAUAUUUUAUGAGUAUUACUAUGGUAUUUGCAUCAAUGAUUGCAGGUAUGACCAGCGAAGGUGGAGGUGCUGUGGCGUAUCCAGUAAUGACCUUGGCCUUCAAUAUUAAGCCAAGUGUAGCCAGAGACUUCUCUCUAAUCAUUCAGUCAUGUGGCAUGUCAGCGGCUGCCUUUACUAUUUUGUUUAUGAAAGUAAAGGUCGAGUGGUUUUCCCUUAUUUUUUGUUCUCUCGGUGGCGUUGCUGGGGUGAUUUUUGGACUACAUGUGAUAGACCCCGCACUUACCCCACCCUACAAAAAGAUGGCCUUCGUUUGCAUAUGGUUUACAUUUGCCUUUGCUCUGUUCCUUCUUAAUCGCUACAGAAAGAGAACCACCUACAGACGUAUCCCUGACUUCAAGGUCUGGAAGGCUCUCGUCUUAAUCGUGACUGGCAUUGUUGGGGGUAUGUUUUCGGCGUUUGCUGGCAGUGGACUCGAUAUUUGUAGCUUCAGUGUCCUUACGUUGUUGUUUCGAGUAUCAGAAAAGACAGCCACUCCAACAUCAAUUCAGGGGGUGUCAACUGAGGCGUGGGAGUUUGUUGGUGUUUGCGUACCUAUUGUCGUGGUUGGAGCUCCUUUUGGAUCGGUAAUAGGCACUCAUUUCCACCGCCUUGUUCUCGCGUCAUUUAUCUACAUAAUAGAUAUCGUUGCCCUUGUCAGCGCAUUUUGCCUAGUGCCCCUUACACCAUGGAUAAUUGGAACYUCAGUUAUCAUUAUCGUAUUUGGUUUUGUUCUWUUCUUUGUUUUGACAAAGAUCGGCGAGAGGCUAAUGAUAUAUGUUGAAUGGAAAGACGAGGAAGAGGAACAAGAAUGUAGCACCGGGCCUGAUCAUGCCAAUGGCGUCGUUGUUAACACAAACAUAGAUGCUGAAUCGGCAUUCCAGCCUGGCAGUGACACAAUUUCCAAUCAAAUGAUUGACAUUAAGUAAUACACUGAAAACUGUGAAAUAGUUAAUAGUCUAGCAGUUGGAUGGCUUUUUUUAUUGUUGCUAUUAAUUGAUUGCUUCAAAUGAGUAUAAAGUUGAUUAUGCACUAAAUACGUGAAAGAAUAGUGACAUAAAAUUAUUACAACUAACUAAAUAAAAUAGCAUUGAUUUGACGAUGAAAAGAACAAAUGUAUCAUAACUUAGUGCUAUUUUGUAAAUUACGGCUUAUUUCAAAAAAAACUUUUGUCGUCGCCAGGACACAGUCCACAGACUUGAACCUGCAAAGAAUU